CCGUCAUAGGGAACCGGUGCACACAUUCCGCUUUUUAUCUAUUAUUUUAAACCUUCAAAGCACAAGAAUUAAAGAUGUUGAGGGCGGUGUCUCGGGUUGUCCCACAGAUGGUGAGGUCUGCGGCUGCAAACGCACCCAACAUGGUGGUCCGCCCUGCUGCUAUUUCUCUUGUACGCACAAUGAUGGAGGGAGUCGCCAAGGGUAAAAAAUUAAACCAGUUUCAAAAGUCAAAAUUGAAACGAAAGUUUGAUUUGUAUGAUAUUGAUGAUGAUGGAUUCGUGGAACGUGAAGAUUAUGACAAUUAUAUUGCAAAAAUCAAGGAAGCAUACGACUUGAAAGACGGGGACCCCCUAUUGCGUGCCUUCGAGAUGGAAUUCGAUGCACACUGGCAAAAAAUGCUGAAGUUUAUGGACGAAAACAAAGACGGACAACUUUCCAUAGAUGAAUGGCUUGACUAUUAUCCAAGCAUCACGUCAACUUCGAAGGCCAAGACCCCUGAAAAUCUGCCCAGGUUCUCCACCAUGUAA